UCAUGACUCCCUCCAUUUAAACCUCUCUCCCUCACAAAAAUCCACUCUCCAUUUUUGUAAAAUUCCUCACAUUUCCCACCACAUCACCCAACCAUGUUCUUUUUCCCCUCUCAAUUCCACACUUGAAAGUCCGAUCUGAUCUGAUGCAAUCAAUUGGCAAUUCAAAUUUGAUGGAAAUUGAAUCAGUCAAGUGUGAGUGCUGUGGAUUGAAAGAGGAUUGCACCCAAGAUUACAUACGCGAUGUGACUGCGAAAUUCGAAGGGAAAUGGCUAUGCGGGCUGUGUGCUGAGGCUGUGAGAGAUGAGGUAAAUAGAGAUGGCAAAAAUGCUUUCGGGGUAGAAGAGGCUGUGAGGAAUCACAUGUCCUUUUGUCGCAAAUUCAAGUCCAACCCAGCUGUCCGUGUUGCCGAUGGGAUGCGGCAGAUGCUUAGACGGAGAUCGGGAGAUUUGUCGUCAUCGUCGUCCAAGAAGUUCAUUAGAUCGACGAGCAAAUCGCAAGUAGGAGAUGAUUCGUCGGUUUCCUAUUAAGAUAGCCUCUCUCUGGAAAUAAUCUCAACCAUCCAUGGAUAGUUCUUCUUUUUCUUCUUUUUCUUUUUUACUUCUUUUUUUCCUGUGUGUACAGAGGAUGUGAUCCCAGUGAAGCUUGGGCUUCAUUUCAGUUUUGCUUUA